ACAGAUAUAUGGCGAGCGUUCAAUGAACGCUAACAGCAAGUUUAUAAAUAGAUUCUGGUCUGACAGUCGAUCCGCACUUGUCCAGCAGCCGCCGCCGUCGCAUCCGUUCGUUUGACCUAUUUGAACCGAACCAUGUAUUUGGAAUGACGUGGAAAUGCGUAUAGAAUUAAUACUGAUCACAAUAUGCGCCUUGGGCGCCGGCUGGGCAUUGGAUUUGGAGUACGAGCAGCCAACGGUGCUUAUAACGGUGCUCGUGCGCAAUAAGGCCCACAUAUUACCCAUGUUUUUGAGCUAUAUAGAUCAAUUGGAUUAUCCUAAGCAGCGCAUUGCCUUCUGGAUACGCUGUGAUCACAACAACGAUAAUAGCAUACAAGUGCUGCAAGAGUGGCUAGAACAUUCGGCGGACCUUUAUCACAGCGUCAACUAUUCUUUCGACGAUGAAACGUCGCGUUAUGUUAAUGAAAGCUCCGCUUACGACUGGCCGGCAUCGCGUUUCAAGCAUGUGAUUGCUUUGAAAGAAGAGGCGCUGCAAUAUGCGCGCGAUAUUUGGGCGGACUUCAUAUUCUUUUUGGAUGCCGAUGUGUUGCUGACUGCGCCAAAGUCUCUCAAGGAGCUCACAGCCUUGCGGCUGCCCAUUGUGGCACCCAUGUUAUUGUCGGAUAGUCUCUACUCGAAUUUCUGGUGCGGCAUGACUGAGGAUUAUUACUAUCAGCGCACGCCCGAAUACAAGGAGAUCUAUCACAAAGAUAAAGUUGGCUCGUUCGCGGUGCCUAUGGUCCAUACAGCCGUGCUGGUGCACAUGAAUUAUGCGGGUGCACGUUAUCUAACCUUUGACCGCCAGAGACUUAUUCAAAUGCAGUCUGCACAGCAUGCCCAACUGUACGAUGGACCCGUGGACGAUAUCAUUGUGUUUGCCAUGUCCGCCAACCACUCUGGAGUGCCAUUGCAUAUCUGUAAUACUUUGCCCUUUGGCUAUAUGAUGCAGCCAUUGGAGACAACGGAUACUCUGCAGCACGAUCUGCUGCAGCUUAUUAAUAUUAGAGUUAACAUGGUACACGAUCUAGGAGCAGUGCCGCCCGUGCAUUCAUACUUGCAGCAGCACAUUAAGCCGCCCGAGAAAACUAAACUGAAUUUGGAUAAUAUAUUCAUGAUCAAUCUGGAAAGAAGGCCAGAAAGACGUGAAAAAAUGGAGAAUCUGUUCACUGAACUGGGCCUGGAAGUGGAGCAUUUUGCUGCCGUCGAUGGCAAGCAACUAAACACGCAGCUGGUGCAGGAGAUGGGAAUAAGUUUUCUGCCAGGUUACGAGGAUCCGUAUCAUCAUCGUCCAAUGACAAUGGGCGAAAUCGGUUGCUUUCUUAGUCACUAUCGCAUUUGGCAGCAGAUUGUGCAGCGACAACUACGCCAGGUGCUUAUCCUGGAAGAUGACAUACGAUUCGAACCAUAUUUCACGGCAAGUGCGCUACGCGUACUCCAACAGGCAAGCAACUAUGACUAUGACCUUAUCUACUUCGGUCGCAAGCGUUUGAAGGAUGAAAGCGAGCCUUGGGUCGACGGCAGCGAUAAUCUCGUGCAUGUCGGCUACUCCUACUGGACACUGGGCUAUGUCAUUACGCUGAAAGGCGCCGAGAAACUAUUGGCUGUUAAUCCGCUAGAGAAACUUAUACCGGUCGAUGAGUUUCUCCCGGUAAUGUUUGGCCGGCAUCCGUUGCAGAAUCUCAGCAAAGCUUUCGAGCCACGCAACCUAAUUGCAUUUAGUGCAGCGCCUAUGUUACUCUAUCCCAUCCACUACACGGGUGAAACGGGCUAUAUAUCCGACACGGAGGACUCUCAGCAAAUUGUUGAUAUGGCAGAUGGGGCUGGCGAGGCGCAGCUUAAAAGCAAUCGCCAGCAAAUCUUUCCUAAAGAGGACACUGUAAACAUGCUCGAUCAGGAUCUGAAGCUGGGCGAGAGCAACAACUUGCUACAGGUGGAUAUGACAAAAAGCCAUCAGGAGCUUUAAAAAUAAUACAUAGAAUUAACU